AUGGGCGUGUACCACUUGGAGUACCACGAAACCCACGGCUGGCCGGCCUGGGCCUACGACAAUCCGUGGCCCUCGCGCGACAAGUUGAUGGAGCACUUCCAGGACGUUUCUGAGCGCUACGGGAUUCUGCCCUACGUGCGCCUGAACACCUCCGCCAACACACUGAACGUCGUGGGAAAGGAGUAUUGGUCGCAGAGCUACGAGGUCACGUUGAAGACGAAAGGAAAGGAGGAGGAAGUCUUCAAGGCCGCUUCGGUGAGCCUCUUCCCUGGCAACCUCACGAACCCCAAGCGCGUCACCUAUCCGGGGGAGGACACCUUCCUUGGAGAUAUCGUGUAUGGCAUCAGCAACAAUUUCGACUACGCGAAGGUAUGUGACAACAAUGUCAUGAUCGUCGGCAGCGGCGCCUUCGCUGUUGAGAACGUACGAACUUGCGUGGAGUUCCGCGCAAAGAAGGUGUACAUGGUGUGCCGCCGGAAGACAAUCUCCAUGCCACGAUUGACCUCCUGGUUCAUCAAUCAGUCCCUCGAAGCCAUCUCCGCCAGACUCACCCUGGAGUCGAUGACGCCGAUGUAUGACCUCAUUGGCGUGGAUCAGUGGUCCUACUACAGUGUCAUCACCAACGAGGCAAGGACCAACGUCACCAUCAAGCAGAAGGCCCGGUUCGGCAUCGGAGACGUCUAUUUCCUGGCCAUGGCGUGCGGGUACUGCGAGCACAUCGUCGACGACACCAAGAGGGUUAGCGGCAGCACGGUUCAUCUCGUCAGCGGCCGGAAGCUCGAGGAAGUAGGAUCCAUCCUGAAGCUGUGCGGCUUCAAUGGCGAAUUCGCGAACGACCGGCUCCUCAAGAUCAAAGAGCUCUAUGGCUGGUGGGUGAAUAGGGACUACCGUCGAUACAUUGUUGCGGAGCCGAUCUUUGUGGAUGCUGGCAACUUCGGCUCCACGAGCUUCUCCCCCGGCGCCAUAUCUUGGACUGAGACACAGGCCCACCUGCUCAUGUAUCCGAAAGAUUGGGAGCCGCUCUGGGACUCGAACUGCUUCCCAGUGCACGAGGCAGAUGAGGAGAACAACCGGCCAGCCUACGUUGUGGAGGCGCUUCAUGGGUCACUGUGUGGCCUAACUUUGGGCGCUAUGGUUCGAGGCAUCGCGGAACGCGGCGCGGUGACGGGCCCACUGAAGCGUCAACGACAGCUUGAGAUCCACCCGCCUGAGCAGUUCUUGGCGUGCUGCGCCUCCGGCAUGUAA